AUCUCCUCCCCCCAUCCACUUCAUCCACCCAACCAAACACCAUACAAACAACCCUUCCCUUCUCUCAUGGCAAUCCCCUUCAUCUCCUUCCUCUUCUUCUCCUUCUUCCCCCUCUCCUUCUUCACCCAAACUCCCUCCUCCCUCGCCGACCACGUUCUCUACACUGACGAAAUCCUCAUGCCCGGUCAAAACCUCACCAACGGCCCGCACCUUCUCGCACUGCAUCACAACUGCCGCCUCGUUGUCUACAACAAAACCAACCCGACUUGGAGCACGAACGCUACCGCCAACGGAAGCAGCGACUGCUAUCUUUCGCUAACCCAGCGAGGCGAGCUCGUCGUCCGCCGCAGCGUCCACUACGAUUUAUGGUCAAGCGGGGCCAAGUCCAAGAAAGGCAAGUACGCGCUCGUGCUCGACGCCGAGGGUAGGAUUGCCGUCUACGGACAUCGCCGUUGGUCUACGAGUAAUCCAAAUGGACUUGGUGGCCCGGAUGACUUUGCCGGAGAGGAGGCGGCCACAGAGAAUGUUCUGCGGUCGGGUCAUCGGAUGUCGUCUGCGGAGAAGCUGAGGUACAAGGAAUACGAGCUGGCUUUCUGGAGAUGCAAUUUGGUGAUUAACCACACGAGAUCAGGGAGGUGGUUGUGGCAGACAAACACAAAG